GAGACGAAGGAGUGGAGAAAACCCUAAUCUCUCUUCCCUCAAUUUAGUGAAGCGGCGAAACCAGCCGCGACUGCAAAUUAGUCGUUUUUUGUUCAUCUCUCCGACGGCCAUAUCUCCUUCUCAAUUUUUACAAGCCGCUACUGUGUUUGCCGCCCUUCUUUCCAGUGCAAUUUAGUGAAAUGGCGAAUAGCAAAUACGAAUACGUGAAGUCAUUUGAGGUGCAGGAUGUGAUCAUGCCGCCCUACACCAUCAUCAUCUAUGUUCAUGCCCGUGAUUUCUGCAGGUUUUCUGAAGUGCAUGAGUUUGAGAAACCAAAUGACGUGAAAGCAUUAGAGUUAAUGAACGAGUGUGCCAUUGCUGUUAUGGAGCAGUUUCCAGAUGUUAUAUUCUCGUAUGGUUGCGCUGGUGAGCACAGUUUCAUAUUCCAAAAGAAAACCAAGUUCUACGAGCGGCGCAGCAGCAAGAUAAGCUCUGUUAUUGUGUCUUUAUUUACAUCCGCUUAUGUUUCCAAGUGGAGGGCUCUUUUUCCUCAGAAAGAGUUGAAAUAUGCCCCUUCAUUUUGGGCUCAAGUUAUUUGCUGUGAUGAUCUGCAAGCAUAUCUUUUAUGGCGACAAGAUGAAUGUCACACAAAUAAUGUGUAUGAUACUUGUCUUUGGCAACUGAUUAAAUGUGGAAAGAGUAAAGAGGAAGCACAAGCCACUUUGAGGGGAUCUCUUAAACAAGACAAACAUGAAUUGCUUUACCAGUGUUUUAACAUUAACUACAAGCAAGAUAUCCCGGAGAUGUUUCGCCAUGGUACAUGCAUUCUCAAGACAAAGGUGGAGGAUAUUGUGAAGUGCAAAAUUGAUGACUCCCAUGUCAAAAGAUGUGAGAGGAAAUUUUUAACAGUUAACUCGGCAAAUAUUGCAUCAAAAAGAUUUUGGAGUGAAAAAGGGUGUUUAUCGGAAGGCGAGCUGGCACAAUUUCGUGAAAAGUUGAACAAAACUACACCUGAGGACAUCAAAUCUUUCCUACACGAGAGCAGAUUGAUGUUGUGCACCUGGAUUGUUGUUCGCAUUGAUGGUUGUCAUUUCCACAGGUUUUCUGAAGUUCAUGAAUUUGAGAAGCCAAAUGAUGCACAAGCUCUCAAUCUAAUGAAUGCAUGUGCAGUUGCUGUACUGGAAGAUUUUAGGGACAUCGUUUUUGCUUACGGUGUUAGUGAUGAGUACAGCUUUGUUUUGAAUAAGUACUCCCAGCUUUAUCAAAGAUGUGCCGGUGAUAUAGUUUCUGCUGUAGUAUCUGUCUUCACUUCAACGUACAUGAUGAGAUGGAAUGAGUUUUUCCCCCAGAAAGAGAUGGAACACCUACCAUAUUUUGAUGGCCGUGCUGUUUGCUACCCAUCCAGUGAGAUCGUCAAAGAUUAUCUAGCAUGGAGACAAGUUGAUUGUCACAUCAACAAUCAAUACAAUACUUGCUUCUGGUUGCUCGUGAAGUCCGGAAAGAGCAAGAGCGAAGCACAAAUCAAUACUUGCGAUCUGCAGCGGACUCAAACUCUGGAGAAAAAUGAACUUCUUGAUAGACUCACUGGAGUUCCCAACUAUUACAAAUCAUUGCCGCCUAUGUUCUGCCUGGGUUCAUCUGUUUUCUGGGACAAAGAGUCGAAGCUGGUGGACAACGGAGAAGGUGCUACUGGCAGGAUAGUUGUAGGACAUUGCAACAUAAUAGAGACAGGCUUCUGGGAAGCGCACCCUCAGAUACUAGAUGAGAAGGUAGCAGUACAAAUGACCACCACCGUGUUGUUAAAAUCGCGCCCCGAGCGCGCUUGGGUCGCGGGUCGCAAGGGCCGAGACCGACAUCGCCCCGAUGCGGCGGGGUCGUGCGAGAUCCGUGGAGCGACGGUGAGGCGCGCCUGGGUCGGCUGGGUCGCCGUGGAGCGCCUGGGUCGGCUCGGUCGCCGUUGAGCCUAAUUGAGAAACAAAGGCAUCCAUUCACUUUUUUUUACAGUAAGAGAGGAAGGAGAAGCAGAGAAACAGUUGUCGGUUUGAUGGAAACGAGAAAUCGAUGUGAGUGUGGAUAAAUGGGAAAUGGCUCACCUACACCGCGUUGCACUGGAUAAUUAUUUCACGGUCUCCGUCAAUCACUCUGCUCCACUGAUUUAGUAUACUUAUUUAAUUCUUUAAAUAUGAGUUCUAAAAUAUUUCUUAAAAUAUGAGUCAACUUUGCUAACAAAGACGUGUCAUUUAUUGUGCUGAUCAGAGUCACAAACUAUAGGGAGUAUUAUUUUUAAAUCA